AUGGCUCGUCGCAGCUCCGGCGGAAGAUCUGCACGUCCAGCUCCCCGUGCCGCACCAGCUCGCCCCGCUCCAGUCAACCAUGCUCCUCCUCCGGCUAAUGUUCAGAGUGGCGGUGGAUCUAUGCUUAGUGGUAUUGGUUCAACCAUAGCUCAAGGUAUGGCUUUUGGCACUGGAAGUGCAGUGGCACACAGGGCUGUGGAUGCGGUUAUGGGUCCUCGCACUAUUCAACAUGAAACUGUAGCUAGUGAGGCUGCUGCUGCUGCCCCUGCACCAACUACCAACUCUUUUGGUGGUGAUGCAUGCAAUAUUCAUUCAAAGGCUUUCCAGGAUUGCCUGAACAAUUACGGAAGUGAGAUUAGUAAGUGCCAGUUUUAUUUGGAUAUGCUAUCAGAAUGCAGAAAGAACUCUGGAUCCUCAAUGAGCAUGUAA